AUGGGGUGUACAGCAGACUGUGUGUGUAAUGAUGGAGUACCAUCUAAAUCAUUAUUUUCAUCGAUAGAUAUAGACAAAGUAACAACAAUCAAUGAAAAGGACAAAGAUAGUUGUAAGGAAUUACUUAAGAGGAGUGAAUCAAUAAGAAAUGUAAAAAUGUCAGCACACUCUAAGAGCAACAAAGGAUUAGUCAUUAAAAUACCUUUUAUAUGCAAGGUAUUACUAAAUAGGAUAGAGAUAAUGACUACAUUCACUAAAAUAGAAGUAUUUAUUAACAAUCAGUACGUCACACUAACAUAUAAACCAAAAGUACCUGAAGAGUAUUUCCUACCAGGAGGUGAUCAUAUAUUCCCCAUAACAAUACCAGCGUAUAAGCAUAAGUCAGUAGAUACAUUAACCAUAAGACUAUCUAAUAAUGAUGAGUAUGGAUCUAUUGGAUAUCUCUGUAUAUGUGGAGUAGUUACAGGCAAAUUACCCAAGGCCAUAAAUGUAUCGUAUGAGUUAUACGGCCUACCAGAGAAUACAAAAUCAUUCAGCAAAGAAACCACCAGCACAGAAACACAUAAAAAUUAA